CAACCCAACGAGCAACGAAACCCAACGCGGACGCGGUGUCCUCGACUCGUUCUCCAUCGGUCGAUCCACCCACCUACAACCCCGAAACAGAAAGCCAAGCCACCAAGCGAGAAAUCAAAUCCAAGCGAGCCGAGCCAAACCGGAGCUCCCUCCGUCCCUCCAUCCAUACACCCAUGUCGUCUCCUCCCUCUCGUUCCCAAUGCUAAUGUCUCGCCGCCCCGGCCUCGCCACCAGCACAACGCGCCUCCUCGUCGUGAUCGCCUUCCUCCUCGCCGUCGCCGCGGCCGCCGCGCCGCCGUCGCCGCGCCAGUUCUCCACCGUCGCCAUCUCCCACACCCGCAACAGCACGCUCGUCUGCGCGCUCAUCAUCGACAGGGUCAACGAGGAUGGCGGCGGCAACUCCAAGCUCCAGUGCAAGUCCAUGCCCGACGGCCGCCUCACCUCCUACCCCUCCGCCGACAUCCCCUUCAACGCCAUCGCCGCCGGCAAGGACUUCCUCUGCGGCCUCAUGGCGCCCGUCGGCGGCCACGCCGCCAUGCGCUGGUGGUCCUUCACCGAGGAGGAGGAGGCCAGGCGGUCUCGCCCCGUAGGCCGGCGCAUCUACUGGGGCCCCUCGCUCCGCUCCAUGUCCGCCGGCGGCCCGCACGUGUGCGGCCUCUCCGACGACCACGACCCCACCUGCUGGGAGUGGCCCGGCCUCGACCUGCCCAAGGGCCUCGACUUCUCCCUCAUCGCCCUCGGCCAGGACUUCCUCUGCGGCAUCGUGAAAGGCGACGACACCGCCAUGAGGUGCUACGGCGGCGCCAUGCCGUCGACGCCCCAGUUCACGGCCGACGGGGUUGAUGUCACGUUCCAGACGGUCGCCGCUGGGCGCCGCCACGCCUGCGCCGUGGACAAGCUGGGCGGCCUCGUGUGCUGGGGCGACGGGAACCCCACGGUCCGUCUCGACGAGCUGCCGGCCGACAUGAUGGCCAUGGCGCUCGGCCGCAACACCACCUGCAUACUCGCCGGGAACGGCACGGUCAGGUGCUGGGGCGUGAAGGUGCCGGAGGAGUACACGCACACCACCUUCGUCUCCAUCGAGGCCGACGGCGACACGGUGUGUGCCGUCAUGACCAGCAACUACUCCGUCGUCUGCUGGGGGAACGACGGCCGCUUCGACGGGAGGCACCUCGUCUACAACAACACCAUGCCGGGAGCCUGCGCCCCUAAGAGUAACUGCUCCUGCAACAUCGUACCCGACUCAGGGAGGCUCUGCGGCACCGGCGGCGGAUUGGGCGGCGAAGAACUCGCCGUGUGCAGCCCGUGCAAGCAGCCACUGAACGCGUCCAGGAUCGUCGUCAGCAAUGGGAGUACGGCCCGGCUCGGUGACGGGGCUGGUGAUGCGAAGAAGAAGAAGACGCUCUUCGUGGGGCUCGGCGUGGCCAGCGCCGGCGUCUUGGUGAUCAUCGUAGCAGGGCUGACGUUCUACGUGCUGGCGUCCAGGAAGUCGGAGAAGAAGGCGCACGCCACUGUCCGGCUCGGGGAGUCGUCGUCCAGGCGGCUCUGCCGCGACGGCGACGUGGAGAUCAUGGUCAUGCCGGCGCGGGAGCGCUCGGCUUCGCAGCCUGCGCGACCGCUCGGGUGCGAGGAGUUCACGCUCAAGGAUCUCUCGCGGCUGACGAACGCGUUCGCGGAGGAGGCCAAGAUCGGGAGCGGCAGCUUCGGGUCCGUGUACCGCGCGAAGCUCCCCGACGGGCGGGAGGUCGCCAUCAAGCGGGCCGAGCGCGCGUCCACCGGCGCGCGGCGGCGGCGGCGGUUCGACGCGGAGCGGGCGUUCCGGUCGGAGCUGAGGCUGCUGUCCCGCGUCAACCACCGCAACCUGGUGUCCCUCCUGGGCUUCUGCGAGGAGCGCGGCGAGCGCAUCCUCGUGUUCGAGUUCAUGCCGCACGGCGCGCUCCACGACCACCUCCACGGCGAGGACGCCGGGUCCGGCCACUCCCCGCUCUUCUCGUCAUGGGAGGCGCGGCUCCGCGUGGCGCUGGACGCCGCCCGCGGCGUCGAGUACCUGCAUUGCUACGCCGUGCCGCCCAUCAUCCACCGCGACAUCAAGCCUUCCAACAUCCUGCUCGACGACGACUGGACGGCGAAGGUGUCCGACUUCGGCCUCUCCCUCGUGAGCGGCGCCUCGGCGUCGGCGAGUCCGACGACGACGUCGGGGACGGCCGGCACGGUGGGGUACAUGGACCCGGAGUACUACCGUCUCCAGGAGCUGACGGAGCGGAGCGACGUGUACAGCUUCGGCGUGGUGCUGCUGGAGCUGGUGACCGGAAGGAAGGCGAUCCACCGGGACCAGAGCCAGGAAGGGAGCGGGUCGCCGAGGAACGUGAUCGAGUUCGCGGUGCCGGCCGUGGAGGCUGGGAACAUCGACAAGAUCCUCGACAGCCGGGUGCCCGCGCCGCGGGGGCACGAGGUGGAGGCGGUGGCGCGCGUGGCCAAGAUCGGCGCCGAGUGCGUCCGGCCGCGCGGGCGCGGGCGGCCGGUCAUGUCGGAGGUGGUGGCGGAGCUGGAGUGGGCCGUGACGCUGUGCGAGGAGUGCGUGGUCCGGUCGGCGAGCGGCGGGCGGAACAGCAGCUCCCGGAACGGCGGCUCCGACAUGUCGCGGUCGAGGUCGAGAUCGGAGUCGGAGGACCGGAGCCCGUACCACACGCGCGAGUUCAGCUUCGGGUCCGGCCGGGUCGCCGGCGUCGGACAUGCCAGAUCCUACUCAACCAUGUAAAGAUUUGAUUUUUUUUUUCUCUUCUUCUUUUACAGUUUCUGUGUAGGAAGGGUGAAUUAGUUCUUGUCCAUAAAAAUUUUACAGGAAAAAAAUACAGUGAGAAAUCAGAACAAGUUCUCAUAAUUUUGCAAGAGAUGGAUGCAUCAAUGGGUUUGCUGUAAAUUGUGGCGGUUAAUUUAACGUUGUGAUUCGUCGAGAA